AUGCCUAACAGCAACGUUCCAGAGAAGCUUCAGCCCAAGCGGACAGCGAGAAGAACGCAAGCAACGAAGAUUAUUAACGAAGCUACCGCUGCGCUUCAGGACCAGAGUGCCACAGCAGAGAAUAUCACUGCCCUACUGGAGAAGCUCACGACAUGCAGCAAGCAGCUUUACGUUUUGGAUCGGGAAGUGGAGGACAGCAUCGCUCCUGAAGCGUUCACAAGUGAAUACGACUCUGUUCUGCAGUAUGAAGAAAGGAUAGCAGAGUGCAUCGCAAGGCUACGACUCACCUUCGAACGACUGCCACCGACUACAACGACGCCUACACCAGCAGGCACAACUACAAGUUCUCCGACGCCACAGAUCCCUGACCGUAGUACCGGAGUCAGGCUGCAACGCCUUCAACUGAGGAAGUUCCGCGGAGAUUUUACAGGAUGGCAGCCGUUCUGGGAUCAGUUCAAGGCCAAUGUGCAUGACAACAGGAAUUUAACCAAAUCGGAUAAAUUCCAUUACUUUCGAUCGUUGUUGCUCGCAACAGCGGAGGCAGCCAUAUCAGGACUGCAGACGACCGAAGCGGCGUACGACGACGCUAUCGCUUUGCUCACUCAACGGUUCGGAGACCGCGGAAGGCUUGAGGAACAGUACCUAGGGAAGCUUAGAACGCUUCCACAUGUUAAGUCUUCAACGGACACGUGCGGUUUGCGAAAACUUCACGACUACGUGCAGACGAACAUAUGCGGUUUACGCUCUUUAGGCAUACCAACAGUGACUUACUCUUCGAUGAUGACGCAAAUCCUACUGGCCGCAAUACCGUCCGACAUAGUGCUCGAGUACCAUCGUUUGAACCUCCGGAGCAUACAGAGAGACGCCGCAACACCAGCAGAACACGAAAUCGCCACGUUACAAGAUGAAGGCGCUGCCUCCACAGCUUCCGCAGAACUGAACAAGGUGUUGGCUUUCCUGAAGGCGGAAUUUGAAAGCAGAGAAAGGAGUGGACUUUGCGACCGCCAGGAUCAGAAACCGUCCGGCCAACGGAAGACGGGAGCAAAAGGUCAUGCCAGUGCACUCUCGGCUUUCGCGUUGCACAACCAAACUGUCCCGACGAACUGCCUCUUUUGCAAGGCGAAGUCUCACGCCACUGAGAACUGCAACGCGGACAUGUCGCAGGAAGACAAAAAGAAGACGUUGGCCAAGUACAGGCGCUGUUUUCGGUGCACGAAGGCGUUCCACAAUUCAAAGGAAUGCCGUUACAAGGGAAGGUGCUCAAAAUGCAGAGGAAGACACGUUGCCACAAUGUGCGACCCCAACUGGACGGCCGCGCACGCGAAUGAAACUCAAGACAAAAACGCCAUCGAAACGACAGAAACUUCAGUCCUGAUGUCUUCCGCGACAAGUAUGAGCACUGUGCUCCUCCAAACGUUUCGUGCCUGGACUGUGUCGGGUACCAGGUGCCAGUAUAUCAGAGGAAUAGAUGACAGUGGAAGUUCACGAACGUUCAUCCGGGAAGAUCUAGCAAGGGAACUCGGUUUGAAGGAGGUAGCCCAAGUUUGGAUCGGAAUUAACACGUUCGCCUCACACUCGGAGUGUCGGCCCACAAAACGAAGCGUUGUGGAAGUAACUGUGCGAAGCCAGUACACCCACGAAGACGUCAAGCUAGCAGCCAUCGUCAUACCAGUGGUAUGCAGAGAUAUGCAGGAAUCGCCGGUGGACAACGAACACGUACUUGCACUUCAGGACUGUGGUGAACUAAUCGCCGAUGUUGUGGCUUUUCCUGGUAUGCGGCAAGUAAAUGGCAUCAGUCUGCUUAUUGGAUCCGAUCAAGUUUGGAAGCUGAUCUCCGGCGAAAUUCGCCGCUACGGGAAGCAGGAAGAGCUCGUUGCCACCGAACCGAUAUUGGGAUGGACGUUCCAAGGCCCAAGCCAAGUGAAAGCUCUCGUCGCGCAACAAGCAGACAGCCUCAUAUGCGUGCUGAGAACAAACGGGAACUGCGUGCUCCUGCAAGAUGAAGAAAUAAGGCAGGUAUGGGAAAUCGAAGAUACAGGCAUCAACGAAGGCGCCCCACCGACGGCAUUGACGAGUAACGUGCUAGCAGAGUUCCAGCGCACUGUAAAGAUGGCAAACAACAGUUAUGAGGUGCGCCUCCCAUGGAAGAACGUCCCCGUCCCACUGCACGAUAACCGUGCUGUCGCAGAAAGAAGACUGAAUCGAUUGGUGAAACGGCUCGCCGUGAACGACGCCUUGGUAAGAGAAUACGACAAGAACAUUCGCGCGUAUUUGUUGAACGACCACGCGGAACCAGUACCUAUCUCAGAGGCAAAGAUACCGGAACGCAUCUACUACAUGCCUCAUCGUGAGGUCAUCCGUCCUGAGUCUACGACUACGAAAAUGCGGGUCGUGUUCGAUGCUUCAUCGCAUUCUGGCAACUGUACAUCGCUCAACGAUCACUUGGAAAAAGGGCCGAAGGUUCAACCUGACUUGUUAGAUACGCUACUCCGUUUCAGAACGCAUCCGAUUGGAAUCACUACAGACAUUGAAAAAGCGUUUCUGCAAAUCAGUGUGGACGAACGCGACAGAGAUGUGUUACGUUUUUUGUGGUUUGAUCGGGUGCCACUUCGACAAACCAUUACAUACAGCGCCAAAAUGGUGGAAUGGCGCAUGCGGCGGGUGCCUUUUGGGACAUCGGCCAGUCCGUUCCUGCUAGCAGCGACUCUGGAGCAUCAUUUUCGUAAACUCACCGGCGACUUACAGGACACUGCAGACGUCUUGGCGUCUUCAUUCUACGUGGACGACUUGCUGACUGGAGCACAAGACUUGGAGUCAGCAGUGAAGCUUUACAACGACGACAACGAGUUCAUCGCUGUUAGCUUUUCUCCUCCUGUUGGGCUGGCCUAG